AUGGACUACAGGCAGUUCUACUGCAUGACCCUGAGGAUGAGCAUAGACUGCAACGGGUGCUACCAGAAGAUCAGGAGGGCGCUGCUCCAGAUGCAAGAGCUGGAGAGCCACCUGAUUGACCGGAAGCACGGCCGGGUGAGCGUCUGGGGCGCCUUCAGCCCGCAGGACGUGGCCAUCAAGAUCAGGAAGCGGACCAACCGGCGCGUCGAGAUACUGGAGCUCAGGGAGGCCACAGGGCCAGGGGGCGGCGACGAGCAGGGCGCCGGCGGCGGGCAGAUGCCCUGA